AUGAUAAAAAAGUCAAAUCAUGGAUAUCAUUUUCAAAUUAGUAUGGUAUAAACAAACAGUUGAAGACACUAAAAAAAAGUAGGUAACUAAAGUAAGCCUAUAUAUUGAGGUAAACAAAGAUUGUCCAUUUCUUUACAUUUUUCAUUGAAAGAGAGAUCUAAGUCCUACUGAGGAAACCCAGAAGAAAGGAAACAAAAUGUCGCCUCACCAAAAGACCAUUCUACCAAAACGGAUAAUCUUGAUGCGCCAUGGCGAAUCUCAAGGCAACCUUGACGAUGCUGCAUACACCACCACCCCUGAUUACAAAAUCCACCUGACCCAACAGGGACUGGCUCAGGCCCGAACCGCUGGAGCCCACCUCAAAGAUGUUGUGUCCCAAACCAGCCCCGACUGCCCCAACUGGCGCGUCUACUUCUACGUCUCCCCUUAUGAGCGCACUCGCUCCACGCUCCGAGAGGUUGGCCGGUCGUUCUCGAAGAAACGCAUCAUAGGUGUUCGCGAAGAGUGUCGGAUAAGAGAACAGGAUUUCGGGAACUUUCAGGUGGAGGAGCGAAUGAAGGCCAUUAAGCAGACUAGGGAAAAGUUCGGUAGAUUCUUCUAUCGAUUUCCUGAAGGCGAAUCUGCUGCUGACGUCUUCGACCGCGUUGCCGGUUUUCUUGAAUCUCUGUGGAGGGACAUAGACAUGAAUAGGCUUCACCUUGACCCUUCACAUGAGCUGAACCUUAUAAUCGUGUCUCAUGGCUUAACAUCACGAGUCUUCUUCAUGAAGUGGUUCAAAUGGACAGUGGAGCAAUUUGAGCAACUGAACAAUUUUGGAAAUUGUGAUUUCCGAGUAAUGCAAUUGGGAAGUGGUGGAGAAUACAGCCUAGCAAUCCACCAUACAGAGGAAGAGCUCCAAGAAUGGGGUCUCUCUCCUGAAAUGAUAGCUGACCAAAAAUGGCGAGCUACUGCCAAUAGAGGUGAUUGGAAUGAAAAGUGUUCUUGGUACCUUGAUGGUUUCUUCAAUAGUCUAGCUGACACCGAUGACAGUGCAGACGAUGAAGACAUUGAAAAAUCUGAUUAGAACAGUUUGAAACCCAAUAGAAUUCUUUGUUUCUGGUAUGAACUUUAGAUUGAUAUUCUUUUCAAUUGUGAUCUGUAUUUGAUUGUUGUGCAUAGUAACUUCAAAUGUUUAUAGUGAUUCAUUUUUAAAUUGCUUAUUGGGAAACCCCAAGUUCAGAUUGCCUCAACAGAGAAAUUUAAAUAAACAUUCUUUGCUUGUGU